AUGGGGAGCUUUGUAAUGUCUCGUUUUCUCAUGGCUGGAAUUGAUAUAAUGUUCCAGAAAUCAACUUGCAAGCUAUGCUCGAUUAUACCCUACAAAGUUCAUCUUGGGCUAUUGUUCGACACAUUCAUGAUACCAGGCACGAUUUUCAUGUCCUUACUUGCAGGAGCUCUGUUUGGAGUCGUGAGAGGCCUUUUCUUGGUCGUAUUUAACGCUACUGCUGGUGCAUCGUCUUGCUAUUUUCUGUCUAAGCUAAUCGGGAGGCCUGUUGUUAACUGGAUUUGGCCCGAGAAGUUGAGAUAUUUUCAGGCAGAGAUAGCAAAGCAAAGAGAGAAGUUGCUCAACUACAUGCUCUUUCUAAGAGUGACUACCACAUUGCCUAAUCUUUUCAUCAAUUUGGCUUCACCUAUUGUGGAUGUCCCGUUUCAUAUAUUCUUUCUGGCAACAGUCAUUGGUCUCAUUCCAGCCUCAUAUAUUACUGUUCGGGCGGGACUUGCUCUUGGUGAUCUUAAGUCGGUGAAAGACUUGUACGACUUGAAGACAUUAGCGGUACAUUUUCUCAUUGGUUCUGUUUUGUUGAUUCCAACUCUUUCGAAGAGGAAGCGAAUAUACGAAUAG